GUUUCUCAUUUGUAGCCAUUCCUAGCCGUUCUUUGGGAUGUCACGCAACAGUCGAGGAAUCAUCUCGCUACCGCCGGAAUAUUAGGAAAGCGUGACCUGUAGUGAUGAUUGUGUAGCUGAAAAGAGAGCCUUAGGUCACUCCUAAUCGUCGUUGCGCAACGGAUAUUUCCAGAGAAGAGAUCCCUUCAGACUCUAAAAAUGGCUGUCUUCGGAUCACGAGCAAAUAUACAGGGAACAUUAAACUGUUUGUUCAAACGAACAGGAGUUGCAGGUAAGAAAACCCUCUCUUAUUAUUCGCUGUGUCAAUUAGUGUAGAAAUAUAAUUUUAAAAAUUUUAAUUGGUCUCGACUUUACUGAGGAAAUGAUCAGACCAGUGAUUUAAAAUGGCUGGAGCGCUUGGGAAAAGGCAUAGUCGAAAUUAUGUAUUCGAAUAGGUUCCCGUGGCCUUAAAGUUCAUGCCACGAAAUCAACGUGAAUGUAACUCUUGCUCACGAGUACUGUUGAGUUAAAAAGACGUCAAUUACAAAAUUGACUCACCAUUUCACCCUGCAGUAGGCUCUCUGAGACUUUGUUGUUUCCCAACGUUCCAGGUCGUGUGGUUUUGGCGGGUGACACAUUCACAAAUUUGGAAAACCAGAACAUCUCAGAAAAACCGCAGAAUAUGGAGGCAAUUUUUUUUUGGGACGGGUGGGUUGAGGUGGGACACUCAAUAUAGACAUCUCAUUUACCCUGAUCUUCCAUUACCAAAAGGUGUAUCACGUGUUUGACGGAUCCCAUGUAUUACAGAAGCAUUUCUUUUAGUACAGUCACUUUCCUCGGUUUAAAGUUAAGUAUAUCGAGAGCUUGGGAAUUUGUCAUCAUUAGUGUUCAUCACGUGCCAUGGUUAGUUAACUCUAUUUGGUGCCCCAUUGCUAAGAGAAAGCCAUGGUGAGACACUGGAAACUUUUUUUUUUGAGUUGGAUCCCAAACCUGCCAUGGACCUUCUCACUGGAAGGUUAGAUUGCCAGGUAAUUACAAUUGGCCUGAGAAGGGUCGCCAGUGGCCUGCUGGACCUGACAAUACUUUGAGACUAUAAUUUCCCCAAAACCAUGUGGAAUGUUAACUUGCUUGGGGACCUUUAUAUUUUUCCAUCUCUCUCACUAGAUCCUGAAAUUUGUCAAACUUUUCCUCUUCUUUUGCUGCAGCACUUAUGUUGUCUGGGUCUGUGAGGCCAAUUACUUCACAAUAAUUGCUUGCUGGUGUUACCUCUAGAGCUACUACAUGUAGAUUGAGUCCACUUGCUCUGAUCUCAUGUUUAGUCUGGAUGUUACAUCCUCACAGAAAUUUCAAAUUCUCAUUCACCAUGAUGAUUUAUGCUUCAUCUACAUGUUUGUACAAUUUUCCUCCCAAAUAGAAACUGCUUUGUGCCAUCUACCAUCUACCAUCUUUGUGUUUGUGUAAUUCUCCUUUGCCUUAGAAAUUUUCUUUACAUUAGGUCUUCUCUCUCCAUUCAGCUAGAAUUUCAAAUCUCCUUUACAUACUCUUUAGUUAGUCAGAAAUUUCAAAGACACAGUACAUCUGACCUGCCCAGGCAGGUUUUGAGCAAAAUGUCAAAACUAAAAUGUACCUCACCAAAAGAUCAAGUUUCUGUCACAUUUAUCAUGUUCCAUUUAAUGACUGCACAAAAACUUUGCAGCAGUGCAUGAAAGGAUCUGUGCUUAAAACUUUAAUUACAGUUCACUGUCUAUCCACUAUUUAAGCAACAAGUUGAUUGUUUUGUUUUAGAGUGUUUAGGUGCUCAGAAAUUGGUUGCCAGGUUCUCUUCACCUUCUCAAGAGUAUGACAAGCCAGCAAUUAAGACUGCAAUUCCAGGACCACGCUCACAAGUAAACUUAUUUAGUUAGUUUGGGAUUGUAUUUAGUAUAACAGACUAUGUGAAUAGUUUUUAUUCCAAUAAUCCAACUGAAGGAACAUUAUGAUUAAUUUAUAGUAAAAGUUUAAAUAAAGUUCAUUGGAAUUCUAGCCAGUGAUACAUUGACUAGUGUGGUUGUUGCAACCCUCAAUGAAUCCAAGUUGGAGUCUUUCUUUAUUAGGCUGUAACAUUCAUAUAUUUGAUUAUCCUCAGCCAUUUUUUUGUGGAUGGUUUGUUAAUAAUUAGCUAUUACCUUAACAAUGUUUGUAAAAUAAUUUGAUUCUGCUGGUUCUAUGGCAGGAGUUGAUGGCAGAGCUGUCUCACGUACAGGUUUGCUUUGUUAUAUGAUUUGUAUGGUGAUAUUUUUGUAGCUGCAGUUGUGGGAACUUAGCUCAUGCUUGCUGGCCACAAUGCUAUGCAUUGGCAGGCUUUGAGGAUCUGAGUUUGAGUAAAAUUUUAACAUUGCUGUUGGAUUUAUAGAAUGUUGAGCUCACUGUAUGGACAGUCCUUACUGCUGACUGUUUGAUUUGCAUUAACAGUAUAAUGUGUUCAGUCAUAUUACUCUGUGUACAUGUAACUGAUCUUUCAAACUGUAGAAUAAGUAUGAAUUACCAGCAGGGUUAAUGUAAAAAUGAAUUAUAAUGGAGUCAGGACCCAAUGACAAGGGUUUCAAUAGCUUUUUACUGCAAUAGGCCUCAUUCCCACUUGGAAAAUUGUUAAAUUAAUUUUUUUUAGACAGUUCUUUUUUCUUUUCCUUUUUUCAGCUGACAAAGGGAAUGUCAUAUUUUGUUGAUUUUGAGAAGAGUUUAGGAAACUUCAUUGUUGAUGCUGAUGGCAAUGUUUUGUUAGAUGUUUUUCAACAAAUUGCUUCUGUUCCAUUAGGUUUGUUGAGUUAAGGAGUGCAUUGUUUUCUAAGUUGGCAUAUAAGUUCUUGAAUAAUUUUACCCCUUAUGGUAACUGAAUAAUGGAAAAGGUAUUGCUAAAAGCAGGCCCCUCAUGGCCUGCAGCUCAGUGACCCAAGGCUUCACAGCCUACAUUUUUUUAAUAUUGUUGACUGUUUCCUGCAUUGUGAGGUGGGCAAUUGUGAGUUUCUAUGCCUGUGAAAUCACAUCAAUCCUACUCAAUCUUUGAAAUACUUUAAAAUGUGUAAUUUUGGUUUAAGGAGGUUCCAUAGGGUUUCUGAACUGCAAGAUCUGGAUGUGAACAAACAUUGCGGCUUGAUACAUUAGCACAAGUGUUGUAUAAAAAGGUGUAUUGAACAGUAUAAAACAAUGCAGUUUGUAUGGAAUGGACUCUAGGGUUUCUGGCAACUAUACCCAUAACAUCCAUUGGCCUUGUACUGCUUAAUAAGAGGACAGCAGAAGAGAAUACAAUGUGGAAAGAUGGCAAAAUGGUGACAGAUUUAAGUUUAAGCAUGCUCAGCUAUCAAUCUUGAUGGAUUACUAUUUUAUAAUGUAAUGUUGGGGAAGUAAGAAAAGGGAGAUCUUUCAAGUGAGAUUUUUCACAUUAAAUGCCAUUUUUUUUUCGAAAAUUGGCUCAAGCCCAACCACAUCUACAGUUCUUAUCAAAUUGCAUAUCUUUGUCAAAAUCUGUCGACGCUAAUCAAAUGUAUUUAGAAAAUUACAAAUAAGAGAUUAUUGGCCAAACCAUCUAAAUGACCUUGAGUUUUACCAUUUCAAAAGGUCACUAAAAUCAUUUCCAUAAUGUGGCAAAGAAUAAAGACAUUUUACCAAGGGAAAGUUAAGAUAUUUAAAACUAUGGUAGGCUAAAAAUUGCAAUAUAUCUGCUAGUAAUUAGAGAUGAUAUUGCCAUGGUGACAUCAUUGAUCUAAAAAAAAUUGACAUCCAAAAUUGAAGCUUUAUUAUAUCAUUAGCUGAACUGGUAAAUAUCUUGAGGGAAAACUUUGAGACAAAUCAACUAGGUUUCCUUUCAUAACUCAUUCUCUGAAGGAAGGUCUAUUCAAAAAUACUCUAGGAAGCCACCUUAAACUUAUGUAUAAUAACAUCAGGUUCUCAUAGAAUUGAGGAAUCUAGGGAAAAUAAUGAACACUUACAUUUUGGGAACCAGUAUAUAGGUUGGCAUAAAGGCAUUCAUCAACUAGUGAUGAAAGCUCUCAGAUGUCUAGUUUGGUAGUUUUGUCUUCUUAGCGGUGGUGUUGUGAUAAAGACAUUGACAAAAAAGAGGAGUGAGGUGAUUCUCCAUAUGCCCUACUUUUGGUGCUCUCACCUUGGUAUUGUCUUUGUAAUGCCCAAUCUUACUUGAGCAAAUGGAACAUGAAGUCCUAAAUACUUCCCUUGAUUGAGAGGUGAUGUUUGCAGUGUCAUCAAUAUUGGGUUCCUUUGUCAGAGAUGAAAGCUGUUCCAUAAUUGCCCUAUAUUUUUCAUUCUUAAGUUUGACCAACAUAUGUAUACUGAGGCAUAAAAAGCUCUAAUUAAAAGUAAUCCUAAGCUUAGGAUGGAUAAGAUUUGACAAGAACUGAAACUCAGCAUCAUUUCUCUUGCGUCUUAGACAGUAGUGAUAUUUAUUAUCACAUGCCAGCAAGAAAAUGGGCCUUGAGUAAAUAGGCUGUAGGCUUUGGGCUUGGAAGUGGGCCUCAGGUAGGCAACAGGUCACUGACUCUAGGUGUCUGAGCAGCUGAGCCACAGGCCUACCUCUAGCAAAACCCCCAUAUCCAGUAUCUGGUAUCCAGUCAAGUCGCCGAUGGUUCAACUUGCCAACGCCAACUCACCAACAUAUAAAAUUGAGUAGAAACGUCGGCGAGUUGGUCUUCAAUCCAGUAUUGAACCUAUCAGAAGUUAAACAUAUAGAAAAGAAAAAGAGUGAGGUAAAUAUCGCCAAUGACUAAGAAAGCUUCAGACGCCAACGAGUUAUAACUCGUUCGCAUCUAAAACUUUUUUGGUCAUUGGCGAUGUUCACCUUGCUUUGUUUGCCUUGAGAUCCCUAUAAACUUUAUUGGAAAUAAAAAUAAUUGUUUUUUUUUUAACUGAAUAUCUUGUCCAGAAAGCCUAAAGACCUUUUACUUUUCUAUGUGUUAAACUUCUAAUAAGUUGUACUGGAUUGAAGACCAACUUGCCGACGUCUCUACUUGAUUUUAUACAUCGGCAAGUUGAACUGUCGGCGACUUGACCGUAAUUCCAUCUGGAGUGUCUGUUUGGGCUAGUCAGGAAAAACAUAAAUGACUUGCUUGAUGUGCUUGCUCAAUCUUUGUGCCUUACUUUUAAUCUUAAUCAUCUUCCUUUAAUAUAGGUUAUAAUCACCCUGCUUUGGUUAAAGCUUUACAAGAUCCAAAGAAUGUGGUAAGAUGAAUGACUAAUUGAAAUUUAUUCAAAAUAAACUCUUAAGUGACAAUUGUGAUAAAUAAUGUUUUAUCAUAGGUGGUGGUGCAAUGCAAUAAUCUACAGUCAGCAAGACUUGAUUGUCAGCAUUAAUUUAUUAUCUACGACCUUACCUGAUGAUGUUGUUUAUGAUGUCUCAGUCAAGUAAACUGACACAUCUACUACAUUACUGAUCAAUUUAUUCUUAGUUCUUGAAUAAUUAGAUCUGUGAUUUUGCAGAAAAUUUGUGUCAAGUUUAUUAGAUAUAUGCUAUAAUGUGUUUUCUAACAGCAGUGAUGUAAUUUGUGAAGAUGAGAUUUUGUUAUCACUAUUGGCAUGUAUAUAAUGCCAAUAAUAUAAUGGGUGGGGAUAACUAAUGAUUAUGUCUUGAGACACAUGAUCCAGUUGAGAAUGAGAUACACAACAAGAUGAGGUCAUGAAGGAAAGUGAUCUUCGCAGUGAUGUGCACUACUUAGGCAGUAGUGCAAUAAUCAGGCCUGUACGGGAUUUGAACCCAUGACCUCUGCGAUACCGGUGCAGCGCUCUACCAACUGAGCUAACAAGCCAACUGGGAGCUGGUCAUGAUGGUGGUUCUAAAUAAACCCGUGAAGUGAUGAAUAGACGGUUAAGAAUAUAUGAAGGUCAUAUGUAACACAAUUCCUUCAUCCCUGUUAACUAAAUUAAAUAUUGAUUUGCCCCUUUUUGUCAGGAUAGUGUUCCCAUAUAAACAAUACAAACAAAACCAAAGAUAUGCCACAUAUAUAUCAAAGCACUGUGUAAUAGGAUAACAAGCACAAAGGUCAGAGGUGCUCACUGGGUCAGAAGGAAUGGAAGGGUGUCAUAAUAGUCCUGAGGAACAGGGCUGUAGGGGAUUAUAGUCAUCUGUUGGCUGAAAAUUAGGCAGAAGUUACCUUUGCUGUGUCUUGCAAAAUGGGAAGACUGUUUUUUUUUUCUGAGAAAGAUGAGCUCAAUGCCAUCAGCUAAUAAUCACAAAACUGAACAUGUUGGAGAGUGUAUGAUGCAGAGGAGGGGUUUUGAUGACCUUCACAUGUGUUCUCCUAUCCUGCUCCAGUUUCUUAGUAAAUAGAACAUCAAACAAUGAAAUAGAUCACAUUUGGAAUGGCAGGUGGCUAGUUUUUGCUUUUAAAUACAUUCAUUGUAGGCUGUGUAGUCACUAGAGUUUACAAUUCAGAUAAAGUUAUAGCUUAGUAAAUAAUCCACCACCAUAGCCACCUCCACUUUAGUGAGUAGUUAUUACUUUUAAUAUCAGUAUAGAUAUUUGAACAGAUGUAGAUUGUUCCAUAAUGCCACAGAGGGACAGGAGGUAUCCACACAGUUAGGGUGGCUAAAUCUAUGUGGUUAGUGCAAUAGGUUGGUGUCAAGGUGGUAGAUGGCAAUUAGGGACCUGAUUGCUUUUGAAUGGACUACAGAGGCAGACAUCAAAACAAAAUUGUAUCAAAUUAAUUUCAACAGUCCUUAGUACACACUGUAGGUGAUCUGUAGGUGUCGGUCCUCGUUCUGGUGUAGAUAGAGGUGCCAUUCUCAGUGGUUAUGCCAUUAAGUGUUGUUUUUGGCUUUACGUUUGUCUGUUAUACAAGAACCUACUGUUAAACUCAUCUUUUCUUUAUAACAGUCUUCCUUUGUCAACCGAGCAGCCUUGGGUCUCUAUCCACCUGUCUCCUUUCUUCAAGAUUUAAAAGAUGCACUGCUAAGUGUAAGUUUGAGAAAGAAACAGCUAGUUUUGAGUGACUAUUCAACCUCGUCGCCUGACAAAUACUGAUGUUAUGACAAUUCAAUUAUUGAAGUUGUCAGAUUUAAAACAAGAUUUCUGUUGAACAAUGCGUCUAGGAUAUAUGGACACUUAAAAGUAAUUUUUACCAGUCAAAAGAAUGGAAUCGAAGUAUUGUUUACUUGAAAGCUCAUUCCAUCUAUCUUUCUCCAAAUCCAGUGUCCUUUAGCAUAUGUACUUUUAAUUUCGAGCUCCUCAAAGUCUGUCUCAAUCAGAAUGGAACGAAAAACCAAAACUCGCGGGCUAACUGUACUACGACGUGCUGUGCCAGUGUUUUUUUUCUUUUUUUUUCACUAAGCAUUUCUUUGCUGAUGUCAUAAGCGAGCACAAUUGGAAUAUGAAGCAAGCUCGUGCAAAUUAGUUUGAAUACACGAAUUUACCAACUAUGUUAAACGUCCUAUUUUCACGCGUCGCCGUUUGAUUCAUUUGAUUACACAUUAUCAUAACCACACGGCUUGGAACCAAUUUCAAGAUAUUCUGCCGCUCAUAAAAUAAACGUAUUAUUCACUUCCGAAUAAGCUAAUCAGCGAAAAGUACUAUUUAUUUGACUGUGUAGCAUAUACUUAUCCACAACAUUCACUGAGCCUGAGGCGAAUAAUUGCUAAAUAUUGACCUACGUCUUAGACUCGCCGUCGACCGCACAUAUUUAGAAGAAAAGCAGAAUUAAAAUGAUUUUUAAACAAAUUUCACUGAUUUCUUUAACUUUUAUGACAUGAUUAUUUGGAUUUGAUCCAUUCGUAAUUUAUUUUACAGGUAGCCCCACCUGGACUUCCUGAGGUAACUACAAUGGCUUGUGGAACGUGCUCAGUAGAGAAUGCCUUUAAAUUGGCUUUUAUGCAUUAUAAGGUUAGUAACAAUCCUCUAUCAACCCUUUCAAUCUUUUUAAUUUCAAUUGUAACUUUGAAUUUCCACUGUCACCUUGUUCAUCUAUUCUAAGAUCAAAUUGUUCGUAUAUCUAUCUUUAAAAGGUAAGCGUAAAAAUCAGUGUGCUGUUCACCGUGGUUCGAGCCUGACUCCAGAGAGAACCUAACCUGUCGCAACUGUCUUCGAAUGUGCUAAGAAUUCGACAAUGAUACCUUUUUUCAAUCUUACUAGAAACCUGGUUGCUUAUCUGGGAUGUAAUAGAGUCUCACUACACUUUUUUGCUUCUCUUAGCGGUCACUUUGAACUGUUGGGAAUUACCCAGAGACGAUACUGACUCAAGUAAUUCGUUUUUGUUAUAACUCAAGCAGCGGUUAUUUUUUAACUUCGCGGUGUGCUUCCCUUUACAAAAGUGUCCCUCAGUUUACAUUCCGAACUGUCUGUAGUUUAGUUUUAAGUACAUUUAAGACAGUUUUCAGAAGAUUAUGUAACGUUUUGGAAUCACAAUCAGAGAUGAAAAUGACAUGGUUUCUUGAGCUUAGAUUAUCAGUUUUGAGUCAUUUGUCAUUAUAAUCUGAUUCAGCACUCCAGUCUGCUUUCUUUCACAUCUGCGAAUUCAUAAUUUGAGGUUACCUUGAAUCAAACUCGGCAAGUUAUCAGCCUCUUAUUUGUACAGUGAGUGCGUGUGUCUGUGUGUUUUUUAUCAUCUUUUUGUAGAAGAUACAUUCGAGGAAACGUUCAUGAUCCCAAGAUUUUUAUUCGCUCAUUUUAGGCUAAACAGCGUGGUAAUCCUGAACCCUCCUUGGAGGACCUAACAAGCUGCAUGAGAUCUCAGGUAGUGUAACUCUUUGAGUUAUUUUAAUUAUUUAAAACUUUGAAGAUUAAAACACCGGCAGUCCAGCAUUAUUCUACAUAUAAAGCUAGUUUCAAAUGCGUUACUAACGAUAUCGUUUUCAAAUUUGAAAAACUUGGAUUAACUUGAUGAUGCCGAGCCCGAGGAACAAAUUCUUCGCUGGCAACGCUACAACAACACUUAUUUUUCUGACUUCGUAGUUCGAUUUUUUAGGCCCGUGAUCAUGGGAUAUUUUCAUGUUUCUGCCACAACGCCAGGAUCUUGUGACUAUGUAUAGAGUAACUCUAGGCAGUGAAAUGUGUUUUAAGUUCAAUUAACAUUUUGUUUUAAAAAUUUCAGCAUUGCAAUGUUAUUAAAACCAUACUUACUCAUCAUCACUGUCUUUCAAAGGUCUCAGUCCCUUGGUCUCUUUUCUGUCUCGACAAUAUAGUGGCAAUGCAUCUGUUAUUGCUGUUUUUAUGUUGAUCAAAACAUCGCCUUCCUGAAAUACACUUCCAUUGAAUAGAUCGGUCCAUAAAUUUAUGCUACUUGAUAAUGAAUGGACAAAAAUUUCAUGGCCCUCGCGAUCUUCGGUUCUGAGCGAAAGGAUUGACUCACUCGCUUGUUCAGAACUGCUACGGGAAUUUCUUCCAUCUUUUAUCAGUUCAUUCUUGGUUUGACAAAGUUUUACUUUACAAAGAAAAUUAUUUAAAUCAAAGAGCAAAAGUUCAUCGCUUAAGUCUGAUCAACGGAGUUAGAAAAGUCAUGAAUUGGUUUCCUUUAUGGCAAUUGUGAUUUUGCAAAAAUUACGACUUGCCCACAAACAAUAUCACUCUGGUUACUUAACUCUGACGAUGCUUUUACUGCCGCACAUAAAGACGAAAUAAACGCUUUCUAUGACCACCUCAACAAAUAGAAUGCCGACACACAGUUGACCAACGAAGUUGCAGAGGAAAGAAGUCUCUGUCUUUUGGACUGCUCGAUAAGCUGUGACGAAAGCUCACCACGAAAAAUAGUUUCUAGGAAACGGUCGCAUAUUGACAGAUCACUAAACGAAUUGUCUACAACUUGACAUUACUCAAAGCCAAGACUAGUUUGCAACAAAAAAAAAAAAGUAACGAUGACCUCAUCAGACCAAACAGUAAACUACUAAAACAACUGAAAUGAGUGUGAACUCCGUCGAACGCUUAUCUCGUAAGACUACUGUACUGAAAGGGUAUCUCUGAAACCAUCUCGAGCUGAAAUAGCUCCACAACGCUAUCCACAGGCCGAUUACUGCGCGACGACAUUUACUAGUGGAGACCAAAUAUAAAAACGAAAGUGGCAUGCAAAGAAAAAUAGUUGUGGACCAGCGACUUGGGUCAAAUCGCUGAUAGACAGUGUCGAAGGGUGUUUAAGUACCUGCGGGUUUGGCACAAUAGACAAAUUUAUUCUGUCUCGAGGGUUGAGCUAUAAGGAUUUCCUGCUAGAUCUUCAGUUGCAAAGGUGUCCCAUGAAAAUAUCAUCAGCUGUAGACGUUUCUUUGGUUUAAUCAACUGACUUGAUAAUAUAAAUUGGCCACCUUAAAGGGUUUCUAAGCUGACGUUUCGAGCGUUAGUCCUUCGUCUGAGCGAAAAACGAAGGGCGAACGCUCGAAACAUCAGGUCAGAAACUCUUGUAGUUGGAACAAGUGAUUUUUGAUGCCUAGAACAUUUGUUCGUUUUUACAUAGUUUAACAAAAGGGAAUUUCCUGUACUCUGUUAGGCUCCUGGCACACCACCGUUAACAAUUCUUGGUUUUGAGAGAGGAUUCCAUGGUCGAACUCUGGGUAAGUUAAAUUGUUUUAAAUACUAGGACACAUUCAAGACUGUUGUGGAAUACGCAUUGAUCUGCAAAAACACCAAAAAGACGUUCUUUACCAGACAUUUAAAUGAGAACAUUUUACUUAUUAUUGUAGCAAUGCAAUCAAAUUCUACAGACAUGUUACUUUUCAAAUGUUAAGAAAGACGUCUCUAAACGUCUGCUUCGUUUAUUGCAAGUUUCUUUUCUAUGUUGAUGUAGACUUUUAACUUUUUGACCUCAACCUUGUUGCGGAAGGUCAUUAUACCAAAUUGCGAGUAUCAACUGAGUACUUCGUGUCAUUGGAAUGAUGGCCGGCCAGGAGCGUUUGAAUGGUGAACAGAUUGGUGCUUUGGACAUCGCGGUUUUAAUUUUAGGAUAAAUUAAUCUGAUUGAUUAAUAACAGUGGAAAUUAUGUCCAGCGUUCUCUCAGUAGCAACUCGUUGGUUCCCUCUAGAGGGCUUCCCUCGCGCGAGACAGCCGAUUGGUGACACCGUUAUAUAGCUGGGAUAGUUAAGACUGCACCUCAAAUGAGUUCUGUAUUUGGAAAAUUAGGAUAUUGAAUUUAGCAAUUUAAGGUGUUCAUCUUUGGUGACCCGAAAGGUAACAUUCCUCACCCUUUCCCCCCCAUCUCUCCUUCAUAGGCUAGACAGAACCAACGAACCGAUGAGAACAAUAGUCUAACUCUGGGGUAGAAAAACAGACAUUAAUCAGUGCGCACAGUGAAAGUGUCACAAUGCAAUGAAUUUGUUCUUUGUUGCUCAGGUGCUCUUUCUACCACUCGAUCAAAAGCAAUGGCAAGAGUAGACAUUCCUAUAUUUGAUUGGCCGAAGGCGCCAUUUCCUGUCCUGAAAUAUCCACUUGCAAACUAUGAAAGAGAAAACAAAACAGAAGAGGAAAAAUGUUUGGAAAUGGUAAUGUAAUUUGGCAUAGUUUGAAGUCUGAUGAUGGUGCUAUUGCAAUUCUUACAACGUCUUGUGGUUCUGUUUUUGUGGUUUCUCCCUCCUAUAAGAGACUCGUAAAUCUUCGAGAUGAGUGAGUGAGUGAGUGAGUGAGUGAGUGAGCGAUGGUAACUUUAGAAUUCCGAUCUUGACCCUAUGUUGACCCGAUGUUUCCCAGUGCUACUUACUGUUUGUUUCGGACCAUCUUAGUAGUUCGAUAUGCGCACUCGAGACACAUUUGAGUUCUCACCUUUGUGAUUUGUGGGUUAUGUCCAAUAACAUAUUAUGUUAUCAUCCUUGUUGUGGCUACUGCCUCAGUCUAUAAUGGGAGACAGUAUCCAUUAGGUUACGGGGAUGAGAGAGCGAGUAGGUGACGGUAUAUAACAAUAGACCUCCGAUCUCGACCCAAUUGGAGUAUCUUAUUUGCAGUAUCUUAUUAGUUUGACAUUCUUACUCGAUACACAUUUGAGUUCUCCCUUUUUGUGAUAUCAGGCUUAUUGCUGACACUAUAGAAGACAGCAGAAGACGAUAAACACCUCACGAUCAUUUAAGGAUUGCCUAUGAUAAAAAACAGUACUUUUCCUUGCUGAAAUGUCUUAACUGAUGUGAUAGGCGCAUCGUGAAACUUAAAGGAAUAUCAGUAGCUGCAUGCAGUCUUAAACUGCUUAUUUAUUAUUCUUGUUUCUCUACAAUAGGCUCGUCAAGCUAUCAUUGAUAGUAAUAAUGCAGGCAAACCAGUUGCAGGAAUAAUCGUCGAACCCAUUCAAGCUGAAGGCGGUAAGAGCGUAAACAACAGGGAAUCAAAUUUGCUCCUAUUUAAAAUUUUUGGUAAAAAGAAUCAAAAAAAGUUGACACUGGCUAAACGAAACGUCUAGAACAAUAUAUUUUUCGGCCAGUGUCACCUUUUUUUAACUCGUGAAUUGCGCGCAUGCGCAACAGCGAGUUGUAGAUACCAUGUGGGGAAUGACACUCGCUCGCUCGAUUGUUCGAUUCCUGUAAACUUUUUUUUCGAUUUUAGGCUUUUGAGUGCAUUUGAUAGUGGCGAGCAAUAAACAAACGAAAUGGCGACCUUUGUUGCUAAGAAUAGUGGUGGGGUGACAAAGAAGCCAAUGAUAAUCUUAAAAGAGUUUUUUUUUCGUUUUAGUUUCAACAAGCGGCGCCAGCGACUGGCAGGCAUGCAAGGAUUCACACUGAAAUAACGGAACAACCUUCGUUUUUUCAUAAAAUUGUAAUUUACAAUCCUUAAACUUGAGAACAAUCCCAAGAUUCAUUGAAAAUUUCACUUACUGCGAAGCGCUCGGAGUUUACAGAUGUUCAAAAGCUUUUUCUGUUACGGCGUGAGAUCGAGGACAAAAUCGAUCAUUACGUUUCGUAUCGUGUGUUUUUUCCGUGUGAAGCAACAGAACAUGCCGGCGACUAACGAAAUUGCAAGUUAACACGAAAAUCAAAUAACACCUAAACAAACAAUUUUAGCUACCGAUUUUCAGUGAAUUUUUAAAGAACAAUUUUCUUUUACGUUUCAAGACAAUUUGAAGAUUCAAAAUACAUAUUACGUACUAAAACGCGAAAGUUACACACCACAAAAUUGAUAAAUAGGCCUGAAAUGAAAUUCUAUCUUGUUAUUGAUUAUACGUUACCCAGCACGUGACUAAAAUCUACCCAGGCGGAGAUCCAAAAUGACGGUGGCAGUCUUGGCUUAGUUAUAUCACUCAAAACUCGUUCCCGUUUGUCUCAUUUGAUAAAGAGGGAAUCGUUAAUGUUUUCAUUAAGACAGUAUUGCCUUGAUUUUCUAAUAUUUACAAUGAUAGACAGUAAAUUUCACUUUUCACCCACAUUUACUUCCAACCUUUUCUUUUGAACCAGAAACAGAAAUGAUAUACGUUUAAAACACAUGACAUCAUCCACCCUUGUCAACUGCAAUAGCAUGAUCAUUUCAAUUGUAAUGCCUUCUUAUCCCAAGGUUACUUUGUUUCUUUGCUACAUUAGCGAACACUGAACUACUGCUCGUACUCUAGAUAUGACAAUCAACCAUAAUAUUCUCUAAACCAGAUAACAUUAAACAUAAUCCAAAGAAUCGUGUGUCAAUUCACGAGUUUGCUCACAGAGCACUUUGAUUUAAUUCUUUUUACCAAAAUUUUUAAUAUGUCUGGCUACACACCGAAUAUUUUUUGCUCCUAUUUAUAUUAUUAUAUUUCUUGAAAUAUUCGAUUUUCUUUCAGGAGAUAACCAUGCAAGUGCUGACUUCUUUAAAUCUCUUCAGAGGAUCGCUAAAGAGGUGAGAAUCCAGCGAUCCUGGGUACUAGAGAAUCCCAUCUAUCCAUGAAAUUGGGUCGUCAUGAGUGGCUGUACAUCUAUACUUACAUAUGCACGCAAAUUUAAAAAAAACAAACAAACAAAAGUGACUAAGUAUGCUGGUUGUUUCCACACGUUAACGUUCAGUUAAAUCUAUUGAGUAUAACGUUCUUUUAUUUUUUUGAUUUGUUUUUAUGUCGUUAACAGCACACCAGUUCACGCGAAAGCAAACUAACAUAGAAAGAUCGUUAUUACUAUUCUUGUUAUUAUUAUGAUCUUACCUCUUUUCUGGCAGUUUGAUGCUCUGUUUAUCGUUGAUGAAGUACAGACAGGAUGUGGAAGUACCGGUAAAUUCUGGUAAGUAUGAAUAUUAACCUCUAUUAACCGAGCUCGAACGCGUCUUUGAAAAUUAUUAGUUUGAGAUCGCCACGCUGGGUACCAUUAUGACCAAGGGCUAAAUUCCCUGUUGUUAUAUUUGGCUCUCGGUUUGUCGUAAGGACCUUGCUGCGCUUGGUGCGUACGACAUGACCUCGAGUGAAACAUUUUCCUUCCCACACAGUCAGCAAUCACAUAAUGUAGCGGAGGUAGCUAAGUUAGUGAGUAGUUCCACCCAGACGUAAUAAUGACGCAUUCCUAGUGUUUCCUUCUUCCUCAAAAUAUAUGCGCAAAUGACGGGUUCUGAUUGUUAUACUCUGCAAUUUUUUUUUAUCAUGGAAACGAAACUCGUCCAAAAGUUUUUGUCGCGAUGAGAAUUGCAACGUGUGAACUGCAGAGUGCUAGUUUUCUUCAGACGAUGAGGGCUAGUGGUUGCCCUAUGUUGCAUUAUGCUUUGCUGUGAUUGGUUGGUUUUCAAAAGCUGUUAUUGGCGCAUUUCGAUGAUGAAUUCCCUCAUCGGUCCACUGCCGUGCCGUUGAGUCGCGGCUUUCUUUCUUGAUCAAGGGGAUCCAUGUUUUUGGAGUUGCCAUAUCAGCCUCGUUAACCCUGCAUGUGAAAAACUGUGGUGACCUCGAUCAUUAAAUGUUAAAUCACUGCAGAGCGUGCAGCUUCCCGUGUUGUAUACGUGUUGUUGUCUACGUUUUAGCGAGUCAGAUGUCUCAGUUAUGCCCCUUGAUUCUUAUCUGUAUAGGUCUUUUAGUUCGUAAAUUUUGUUGCCUUUACACGAAAUUCUCUUAAUCAUUUUGUUUACAGGGUUACAUAAUACAUUUUCCUUACUGAAAUUUUAGUAACUGCUCAAUAUUUUUUCUCAGUUUGACUCGAAGUCUUCUUUAAGAAAGAAUUAAGGAAAAUGACAUCUGACACGCAGGAGCCGCCUUUUUUACAAUUUUUGCACAUGCUAAGAACAUAAUUAAAGCCAAAAAAUUUAUAUAUGAUAUCUUUUUAUUGACCCGGCAGGGCACACGAACACUGGGGUCUUAUUGAACCUCCUGACAUAGUGACCUUCUCAAAAAAGAUGCUAAUCGGUGGGUUCUACCAUAGGCCAGAAAUACGAGUUCAGCAGGUUAGUUUCUUUCCAAUAAAGAAACGUGUUGCAGUUUUAUUUUGCAAAUAUUUUUAUCACAAAUAUUGAAUAUGAUUAGUAUGAGCCGCAAUGUUGUAUUCUGUGCGAAAUUUGUUCUCUCAUUUAGAAUGAUUUACUCCAGCUGUAACCAUACGUACAUUUUUGCUCAUUUGUCUCAGUCGCAGUCUGUGCACUGAUGUUGGUGAAGUAAGUUGUACCCAAUGCCAAAGCAGGAUUGGUGGUUACCCUUCCGUAAAUCAGAGCUCGCAGGUCAUAUCAUUCCGUUGUAAACAUAUCAGUCCGAUUAUAUCAGUCGCUUCCUACCUGUAUCCCGCUUUUGUGGUGGACGUUGUGCUGAUGAAAUUUAAAGGAAACUCUCGGUUCGUUUUUUAGAAAUAUCGGUCCGCUUAUACUGUAAGAGUGCUCUGUUAGGACUGGGACUGGGAACGAGACGACCGCUACUCACAACAUGCAAAGCGCCAUGUCCGGUAUCCACCAAGACUAUUAGACAUUAAAACAGCAGGAAGCAAUAUAAGCAACACUCCCAUGUGCUGUGUCUGUGGUGGUAGUUACCGCUCAGUGUGGAAAGUGGUCAGAUACUAGUCGGCGCUUGCGCUGAGCUCACCAAAAAAUUAGCAACUUCAAAAACUACUUCAUUUGUUUUUUGGUAAUUGUUUCAUAAUCCGACAGUUUCUAUUAUUUGUUUCGUAGCCACUACGUAUCUUUAACACAUGGAUGGGGGAUCAAAGCAAACUUGUUCUUUUAAAAGAAGUUGUUAAAGUGGUGCGAGAGGAAAGCUUACUUCAAAGAGUACAAGAAAGUGGCAGGGUUUUGUUGAAUGGCUUGGAACACAUGCAGGUGAUCACAUCUUUAAUGUGCUGUGGUGUGUUGUGAUGUAGUCAUUGUGUGUUAGGUGAUGUGCUGUGGUUCGUACAUUGUCAGUACUAUAUAGACUAGUGUUCGUUUUGGACAAAGUAAGAGAGGAGUAAAUAUGCUAUUGUUUUGAAUCUUACACAAAAAAGUAUUCAAGGUUUAGUUCAUUGUUCAAUUGCACUUCGUCCCUUGGUUUUAAAUUUUUAACCCUUUAACUCCGAAAUUCUAAGUAGUAAUUCUCCCUACUGAAUUUCGUUAAUUUUCUUGCACCGACACCGGUGAAUAGUUUUUUAGUAUACACUAAAACAGUGAGAUAAUUCUGUGAAAAAAGACGAUUUUAACUCAUUGAUUCCUGCAACUGUUAAAAAUAUUAUCGGGCGCAAGUCCCACAAGCGUUGCUCGGAGGUGAAUAUGAGCGCAGGUUAUAAAACAAGCUGUUAUAAAUCAUUUACUUUGAGGAAAUAGUUUUUCCAAAUUUUUGUGAUACACAAGGAUAAGAUUGUGAGGUCGAUUUUUAUCACGUGAUAGUAAAUAAGGGCAGAGCCCACUUCCGCCUAUUUCCUUUUAUUAUCUGUCGCCCAAUGGAUAGCGAGUAGCGUAGCCAAUCAGAUUUUUGCUCCUGUGAUAGAACAGCCAGUGGAUUCAUGCUAACUUACUAAUAGAGUCCAUAUUGCUGUGCGUAUGUUCAAAAAUUCAGUAGAACUCCGCUAACUCGAACUCUCACCGGGGAAACGAAAAAUGGUUCGAGUUAGUGCGGUAUUCGAGUUUUCGACUGAGAUUGCCGGUUGAAUUUCAAUUAUCCCUUUGAUAAUUAAGAAGGAGUCAUGUUCAAGUUCUACCAUUCCUGCGCAAUUUUUUAGUCCUUUUCGUACAUUUAGUUUGUUUAUAACAGCUUUUUGAUAAGGACGUUUAGUUUGGGAAGGUUAGCCAAAUGUGUUACGUUUCCCACACAUGUUCUCACGUUCGUGUGAUUUAAGAUUGAGACGUGUCAAUUAGCUAUCUUUGACGUUUAUCGACCGCCGAAUUCUCAGGGUAAAGUUAACCGAGUUCGUGUCAGCUGAUCGUAAAUUACUGAGGAAUUGGGAUCAAAUCCAAGGAAACCGGAUCUUGUUCGAGUUUGCGGGGUUCUACCUUAGAUCACAGAUGACGUCAAAAGGUGGUAGAACAAAAAGGUGACAUUGCUGUUCUUACCUGAUUUUGACGUCUUAUGUGAAUGUACAGACCUAAGGCAACAUGGAAUCUACUUGUUUUAUUUGAUAAAAAGGCGAAAUGUUGUUCAGUAGAUCAUGAGUAAAAAACCAAUGAAAAUGCAUGUAUAAUCCAGCUUAUCAUAUAACAGUCAAUACUAUAAAUCUACUAGCAUUCUAUCACAAAUGCUGUAAUCUCAUUGGUUUCGCUACUCGCCAUCUAUUCCGUGAUUGAUAGCGAUUAAAGUGAGGAGUGAGAGGAGAUGUGCGGUAGCAAACUUUUUUUCAUCACUUAGGGGAGAACUCUAGUCUGAUGUUUUUCUAAGAUUUUCUUAACAUGUUUAUUUAAUAUCCUUUUGUAACUACUUACAGGUGAAUUUUAAUGAGUAGUAAUGAGGUUGUUCACACAAUGUUUUUUUAUACUCUAGGAAAAAUAUCCGGGAUUGUUUUCUCGUGCCCGUGGUGUAGGAACAUUCUGUGCAAUCGAUUGCGCCGAUGCAGAUACUAGAGCAGAAUUUCUUUCAAAGAUGAAAGCCAAUGGUUUGUAUCCAAGUCACGGAAGGGGGCGGCUUGAAAAGGGUUCUAUGGGUGCGUUUGACUUUCCCGCCCUCCCUCACUCCCUCUUUCUCGAAGAAAGCUACCUGGCAACCCUCUAAAUUUGACAGAAACGUUAUAUUGGGACCCCUCUACUAAGAAAUCCUGCUGACACAUUCGUGACGAAAUACUCUCAAAAAUAAAAAAAUUAAUUGAAAGUUCGAUACAAGGGUAAAAUUGGACGUGGAUUGUUGAAAUUGGACGUGGAUUAUUGAAAUUGGACGUGGAUUGUUGAAAUUGGACGUGGAUUGUGUACCUUUGUUGAUGGAUUUUCUAGUGAUAUUAUGUCCCAUUAUCACCUUCAAUCAAAGGGAAUUUCUCGCAAGUAAAGAUAAACUUACAUUAUCCACAUAGACGCGGACGCUUCCUCGAGAUAGCUUUACAUUUGGACAGCGGGUAGAUUAGCAUAUUUGGUUUGAACUUUGAAAUGAUCAACUUAAUUUACAUUUGAACGAAAUUCGUUAGAAGUGUGCUGCACCAGAUCCAACCUGUCCUGGAGCUUGGGCACUUUAAAAUUAUUGAGUUUCUGAGGCUGUUGUCCUGAUAGUUAAGACAGUGUUAAAAUUUUUGUUAAGUAGGAAAGUUUCAGAUUUCUUUGUAUUUGAUUGUCUUUAUUCACAGAGAAACUGCAAUCAGAAUUUAACUAUUGUUUCGUUUUUCCUUUCCGUCAGGUGUGGAGAUGGGAGGUGGGAGUGGGGAAGUAAGCAUCCGCUUCAGACCAACAUUGACUUUUUCACAACGUCACGCAGAUAUUCUGUUUGAAGCAAUGGACAAAGUGGCUUCCCAAAUGCGAUGAUGUUGGAUGUCGUUUACUCUCGAGUGAACCAUACUUCUCUUUGAAAUUUGUUUCAAGUGCAGUGAUUUUUUUGAAGGAAAUUUGUCAACGAACAAAGUUACUUUGAUUUCCGGCAUUUUUUUAAUCUAAAUUAUGUUAUGUCGCAAUGACAUUGUACCGAUGCUAUAUAGAAGCAAGGUUAAAAAUUCUAUUCCAUACCGCACUCUGUUAAAUGGAGGUGAAAACUAUGAUUUCGUGGCCCUUUUGUGUUAUAUUAGGAGGUUACAGACUUGGAAGGUUCAGGAAUACACCCCAGUGGCUACCUAAAUCUAAGUGCACAACUCAGAUUACCAUUCGCAAAUUUCUGACGUGUUUAUUGGCUUUGUAGUAAGUUUUGCGACGUCGUCCUAAAGUCUUAAGGGAUUUUCGUUAUCAGAAGGACAAGCAUGAAUUAAGUGACUUUGAAUUGCUCAAGCAGUAGUUUAGAAGUGGAGAAUGUUCAGCUCUUGGACUGUUUAAACAAUGCAACUGAACUCUCAUUUGAUUAAAUAGGGUAAGUUUCUAAAGAAACUGUGGUGCUGCGUCGGUGGGAGAGUAAAACAGGGUAAUUUAGUAUUAUCAACUGAGUUGAUAGCGUAAUUGACUAAUUGGUUAAGGGGUCUAGCGACUGGUUUGGAUGCGUCCAUCUUUCUUCAUCGCGAGGGUGUUCUCGGAAUCGGUCACCAAGUCGUCUUCGUGUUUCACCAAUGUCUGAGUUUCUGCAAUAAGUGCAAGUUAAGCAGUAGAUGACAAUAGGGAACUUAAGAUCCGAGGACGCCGGAUGUCUACGACGAGGGGGGACUGGGAAGAGGCUGCCGUCGCAAGGCGUGAAAAAUCCUUAAGAGACCAAGUCGAAGGCGGGGGCGGCAUUGUUUAUAUAUUUUCGAUUUUUAUCAUAAAUUACUUCAGUCAUGGCUUCCUUUAGAGAGAUGCGUAGCAUUCUUCUGCAAAGUUUUGAUGAUGGCUGUAUAUCAGAGGACAAGUUCCUCCUUCUUUAUGACGUUAACACAUCCAAAAACCCAGAUUUUCCUUAUGAAAGUUAUAGGAAAUUUGGCCUUAAUGAUAUGGAUGACAGUGAGUGUUUAUACGAGUUUCGUUUUCGUAAGAGUGACCUUCACGUCCUCUCUGAGGCCCUAAAUCUUCCUAACUACUUAAUGUGUCAAGAAGGAACAAUAUGCGAUGGAGUUGAAGGGUUGUGUAUCGCACUUCGAAGGUUUGCAUACUCAUGUAGACUCAGUGAUUCAAUUCGACGAUUCGGCUGCCCAGUUCCAGAGCUAAGUAUGAUUUCCAGCCUUGUGGUGGAUACAGUUUAUCAGGAACACAAUCACAGAAUACCUCAGUGGAAUGAUACACUCCUCAACCCAGCACUUCUAGAAAUGUACGCUCGUGCAAUUCAGCAAAACGGUAGUCCUUUACACAACUGUUUCGGUUUUAUAGACGGAACAGUACGGCCAAUUUGUCGACCUGACCAAAAACAAAGGAUUGUGUACAAUGGACAUAAGCGAGUAUGGUCUAAAAUACCAACCUGUGGCACUACCCAACGGUAUGAUAGCCAACAUGUAUGGCCCAGUAAGUAACUUUAUAAUUGAAGUAAUAAAUCUGUUUGGUUGAAUUUUAAAAUUUCAUGCCAACCAUAAACUACAAUAUCACUUAUGUUGAUCUCAUUUUAGAGGGGAG